UGCCCUCCAGAAACCAGGAAGGGAAUUGAGUUGAUCUGCUGCUGCUUGGUUAGCGCAUACGGGGGCUUUAAGCCUGCACAACAGUGACAGAGGCUGGGAGAAGGGAGAGAGAGCCACAGAGAGAGAGAGAGAGAGCGCUCCGGAGUGGAGGAGAGCGGAGGGCUGCGCUAAUCCUACAACAAGCAGCACCACGGCCAUCGCAGGUGCCGCUUUGGACCACACGGGCAUAGUUGGCUCAAGCAAAUCCCACCAAGAGGUUAAACUAGGACGCCAUAUGUGUUGAGUACGUAAGUGUGCACACACGCACGCAUGUGUGUGCGUCUGUGUUACCAACAAUAGAUUCCAAGGGAAUUGCAGGGGACUUCAGUGGCUGUGGGCUGGUCCAAGACACCACCCAUCAAUUUGGCGACAGGCAGAGAGACGGACGGCAGGACGGAUACACGGGUGGGGCCUGUGCUAGGCGGCUCGGCGGCAGGCUGGUGGAAGAUGUCGUCCGGAGCCGGCGGGAGGGGAGGAAGGCGGCUCAGGGGAACGUCGGGCGGCGGAGGCCGAGGAGUCGCCGGGGAGGCCGAAGAGGGCCCCGUGGGGAUCCCCUUCCCCGAGCACAGCGCCGACAUCCUGGGCAGCCUCAACAAGCAGCGGCUGAGCGGGUUGCUCUGCGACGUUCUGCUGAUCACGCAGGAGCGGGAGUUCCCAGCGCACCGCUCCGUCCUGGCGUCCUGCAGCUCCUACUUCCACAAGUUGUUCACGUCGGGAGCGGCCGCCGACCAACGCAACGUCUACAACAUCGACUUUGUGGCGGCGGAGGCGCUCGGAGCGCUGCUGGACUUUGCCUACACGGCCACGCUGACCGUCAGCCACAGCAGCGUGGCCGACAUCCUCGCCGCCGCACGCCUCCUGGAGAUCCCGCCCGUUCAGGAUGUCUGCACACACCUGCUGGACACCAAAGUGCUCUCCCCGCCGGCGGGUAGUGAGCAAAGAAAUGAGGAUGAGGAGAGGGGCAGAGGAGGAGGCGAGCAGGGAAACCAGGUGCUGGCCCGGGAGUUCCUGGAGUACUUCCAGAGAGGGGCGCACUGGGGCAGCAGCUGCAGCACGCCAGAGCUCAGGGACCUGCCCACGCACCUGCACUUUAACCACGGCAACGGCGGGACCCCCAGCAACGGAGCGCCCGGUGGCCCCGGUGAGUACUACUCCCCCCUGGCCCUGGCUUUGGCUCAGGCCCCCAUCCACGAGCCAGAAGAGGAAGAGGACGAGGAAGAGGACGACGAGGACGGAGAAACGGUGCAGGGCAACGGAAUAAACCUCGGGUCAUUUUACUGCCCUCCCUCCCAGAACGGGCACUUCUACCUCCCCCCCGAGGCGCGGCCGGGGCUCGAGGCCCCCGAGACGGAAGAUAGCGCCCUACAGCUGAUAGCUAGGGAGAGGGGCUCGGCCAGCGCCCUCUUGCAGCAGAUGAUGGACUCCAUCGAGAGGCAGAAGCAGCGCGGGGCGGCCGGGGAAGAUCCGGGCGACGGGGACGACCCCGAUAUGGAAUUUUACUACAAUUACUUUAACAGCACUCAGCUUGAGGACACGCCUUCCACCGGCGUGACGUCGAGCGGUACGCCGCUCUGGUUGUCAAGAAGCAACUCCGGUCACGACAGAGUGGGCGGAGGGGAAAGAGGGGUCGGCGAGAGGGGCGGCGGCGGCGAGAGGAAGAUGCGCUCCAAGGCCUUUCAGAAGUGUCCCAUAUGCUCCAAGGUCAUCCAAGGAGCCGGCAAGCUGCCCCGCCACAUCCGAACACACACGGGGGAGAAACCCUAUGAGUGCACCAUCUGCAAAGUGCGCUUUACCAGGCAAGACAAGCUCAAGGUUCACAUGCGGAAGCAUACGGGAGAGAAGCCUUACCUCUGUACGCAAUGCGGGGCCGCCUUUGCUCACAACUACGACCUGAAGAACCAUAUGCGCGUUCACACCGGCCUGCGCCCCUACCAGUGCUCCAGCUGCUUCAAGACUUUUGUACGCUCAGACCACCUGCACCGCCACCUCAAGAAGGACGGCUGCAACGGCAUCCCGUCCCGCCGGGGCCGAAAGCCUCGGAUGCGAGAACCCGGGCUCCUGGAUGCCCCCAUGGGUCUGCUGAGCCCCGGCUCAGACACUAGCCUGGAGCCUCACAUCAUCAAGGAACAGCAGCUCUCGGAAGCUCUCAAGUCUGAGGUGGAGGGGGCCCGCGCACACAGCCCACAGCUCGCAGGGGGGGGCACACCCUGAGACAAAACCCUUAAGAAAUAGACGGACGGACGGUCACCAUCACAACGUCACUCUGCUCCGCACAGGAGGAAAAAUACAGACUUCAAAAGGAUAUAUAGAUAUAUAAAAGCUAACUAUGGCUCUAUACAACCAAAUCAGGGUGUCACAAAAGUUUGAAUCUUAACAUUUCUUUCUCCUUUUACUUUGGGAAAAACAAAGUAGACUUGAAAGCACUUGAGUCGGUUUAAAGAGCAACCAACGCUUCAAAUCACACACCCGCGACGUGUCCACUUUCUGGGCCAUUUUUUUCUUAUCAAUAAUAAUCGGGGGUUUUAUACAUUGGCGUCAUGUAUAAAGGACACUAAGAAACUAUGCAGUUGAUUUUAGGUUUUUAUUAUCGGGUGAGCUCUGAGCAAAGGUGUCUGAGCUCCUUCCGACAGCCGUACGGGUGAAGCGAGGACAAAUCUUUCCCAGAGAAAACAGCUUUUCUUUUUUUUUUUUUUUUUAUUCUUUUGCAGGUUUAGAGAUGUACAGUUACCAUAGAAACAACGUUGCCAUAAUAUGGCAUAUGCAAGGAAAACUCACCACACUUGUGAUGCAACAUGCUCACUCGCUUGCUCUCUCACUCUCUCGCUCUCCAAAUGCUCCAGAAAGAGUCCUAGACAAGGGUUUGAUUGAAGUGUUACUUACUCGAUAAGAAAAAUGCGUUUUGUCUUAGAACGAGUCAAAUCCACAUGGGUGGAGGCUCCAGGUUGCAGGACGAGGGAGUACGAGGCUGGCUGUUUUUAAAACGCUACCACUGCCCUCCGACCUCUGUAAUUUAAGUUUUCCUGUCUUAAUUUGAUUUUUAUUAGUUGACUGGGUACUUGACACUUUAUAAUAAUGUAUACAUGUGUAUAUACAGCAUGGGCCGAUGAUGACAUCCCCUGUUAACUGGCUUUUUCUGACGGGGGGGGGGGGCUGGACGUCGUGUUUCUCACAGCGUCGGCAAACAAACCGUAUGAAUGUUUGUUGAGCAUAGCGUCACCAGAGUGAGGGGAGGGGAAAAAAAACACUUGAUAGAUCCUGUCUGAAAAUGAUUGAAAUGAUUGCUUGUGCUUUGCUUUGUGCAGCAUGUCCUUGUGUGACAAGGUGCAGGUUUAAGGAACAAACAGGGAGACCAAAUGAGACUGAUGAAGAGAAAAGAUGAGCACCUUUUUUUUUCUUCCUUUCUCUCUUUGUAUAAUUGAACUAAAGACAUCCAAUAGAAAGGUCGAGGGAUAUUGAAAGAUUUUUUUUUUUUAUUUUCUGUUGGAAAUAUUUUUCUUUUCACAACCUGGACCAUUUAGAGAGCGGUAUAAAUACCUGCCCCGUGUUAGGAAGGCCAAACAGAAAUGCAGCUGCUUCACAGGAGGAAAGGGGAAGGGAGGCGGAUCUCGCCGUGUCUGAUGCAUUCCAAAAAAAUAAUCUCCCCCAGCUCAGCCACGUUUCCAUGCAGGCGGAGGGUGGGGGAUCGGAUCACGCCUCUCCCCCCCCCUCUCUUUCCCCUCCCCUCUGUGGACCUCUAAUGCCCUUAAGGGACACGAUUAUUAUAAUCGAGCCUGGUGUUACCGUGGGUGCAUGCAUGUGUCGGUGUGUGCGUGGCAGCAAGGGUCCCUCUGGCCACAUCACCAGUGUGUGAGUCAGCCCCAGCCUGUUCAAACAUGCACCUUGAGCUGUCAGCCUCAGCACACUUCCCCAGCCGGCUCUGCUAAAAGUCACGUUUCCACCGAGCAGUCCGCCUCACUGCACCGUGGUACGGUUUCGAUCGCUCGUGAGGUAACGCAGGUGAACGCCAACAAUUGUCUGAGCAGUGACUUGAGUUCCACUCUACAAAGCAAACUUUCUUUGCUUGCACAAGGGUGUUGGAAAAUUGUACUGCUGGGUGGAAACAAGCCAAAGACAAAUCGAUUUUAUUUUUUUUAAAUUUGACAAUGGGAGCAAUCAAUUAUUUUGUUAAAAAAGUUUUUUAAUUGGAUGGGGGAAUCGGAAUCUUCUGAAUGCUUUGUUUCCUGUAGCUGACGUCAUGUUUUUACAUCUUUCAACCACAAACUAGUUGAGCCUGAUUCAACAGUACACUCCAUUUUGGCAGAUUUGUUCACGCCGAUCCAUUUUUCUGCCCAUCCCCGGCCCGAUACAAGGUCAUCUCUGCUGUAACACCUCUCCCUGUCUUUAAUUGCACCUUAAUCAGAACGAGGCAGGAUCCAAAAGCACUUUGUUACAACACAAGGGCACUUUUGUUAACAAAACGGGUACUUCAAGAGAGAGAGAGAAAAAAAAAAAAGUAAGUUGCAAACGAGAUUGGCCCCUUUCGUCUCACGGCGGUGGAAAAUAAAAGCCCUUCUUUUUUCUUUGUUUUGUUUUCAGAUUUAACAACAAGCUGCCAAACAAAAAAAAGUUGCGCUCCAGAAAAAAAACUCAAUAAAAAGAUGUAUGAAAAUGUAACUGAUUGCACUUGAAGUUAGCUGUUAGCGAGCUGUCGAAAUCUCUUUAGUAGACGGAGAGCGGUGUGUGUUUGUGUGAGUAUGCAUUGCCUUCUGGUGGACUGGAGGGUCUGGGGACAAGCUUGUGUAAACAAACGUUGCCCCAUCUGUUCCCCAGCUUCCCUCCGAAGCGUGCGACCAUAACGGGCCCCAAUGUUGUAAAACACCUCAUCGGACAGUCGCUUGUUUACUUCACAGCUCUCUUGGCGCACAUUUGCAUAAAUCUCGGUUUACCCUCGCUGGUCAUUGUCGGCGGCUGUCCGGGUCUUGGGAGUGUACUUUUGAGUUAGUCCCCAAUCUCGUAAAACAACAAACAAACAAAAAGCAACCUGAUGUCUGUAUACUGUCUUGAAUAGGGACCCUAAACCAGUUUUGUUCCUUAACCUUUGAGCCAUCUAAACCUGUGUAACUUUGGACCUUUAUAUUUCUUCUCGUCUUGGGGUGCUUUCACACCUGCUUACGUUCCUAAGUCAAUUUUAAUCCGAAUUGAAACCGUCAAAUCAAUGAAUCAGGUCCUGAGUGCGUUAAUGUUGGAUGUGGGCAGAGUCUAUUAGGCCUUCAGUGCCAGAAAGGUGGCAGUAAACCAGUGUCUUGUUUGGGAUUUCAAACCUGAUAGCACCAAAGGUUGGUGCUUCAGCUGAGCGUAGCGCAAACGUUUGCACUAAUUGUCAAUGUUCUUGUCCUGCUGGUGAGAGACGGCUUCAGAAAGGCCACAUGGGUGGACCUGGGUCGGUCCUGCCCCAUAGAAGUGAUCUUGUAUAGUCUAUAUGUAAUAUACGUUGACUAAUACCAAAGGAGAGUCAAGAUAUUUUAAGAUGUACCAAUUAAAUUGUUGGGUUUGAAACCUCGGUGAAUCCAACUUGCACGGUUCCCUUUGUGAAAGGUUCCACAUUUUGGCCUCAUUAGAAAUAUUUGGGCCGGUUUUUACGGUGUGCAAAGAUAUGGGACACACAGAUGAGAGUUAUGGAUUUUCAGUCCAACUGAUGAAUCAAUUUGACUUUUUAUUCAAUGAUAAGACUUUAUUUGUUCCAUCGCUCUGUGAUUGUGCUGACUGUGCGAUUUUGCAAUGUGGAGCUCCGGCUCGCUCCCACCAGGUGAGCCUUACGUGGGUGGGCCCUGUUUGACCAAACUCGCGUCUCGUUUUAGUUUUGUUUUUCUCCGCCCCGUGCUUUCAGACCAAACGCUACGAGCUGACGCUAAUUGUGCGGCUAUUUAAGCUUUACUUGAAUUAAUUUAUUGUUUUUAUUCUUACCUUGUUCAAAACUGAAGAGUUCUGCAGCCAAUGUAUCCAUCCUAACCUCUCUGAUUCUCGAGUGUUUUUUUCCAAAUGGACCUUGACGUCUGUUUUUGUCGUUUUCUCUUUAUCAAAGACUUUUUGCUGAAUAUAUCUGAUUAAGCCAUAAAACAAGACCAACAACCACAAUAAAGAUUGUUUUAUUUUAUUUUGAAAGCGAGAUGGGGUGACUGUUAUGGAGCUUUGUGGUGGCAGACACCAGGAGGGACCGGCUCAGGGGCGGCGACUCUUUUGCUUUGUCAUUGUGCUUUCGUAGAUGAUUGGUAUUUGAGUUUUUCUCGUCUAGCUUGGAAUGCAAGUGUGGCACUUACCUAAGCUCCGAAAUAAAAAAAAAGCAAAAGAGGGCUAAACACCAGUCUUAACGAAAGAUGAGCCUAAACGUGGACCAUUUGUACCUCCUGGUUCUCGGCAUGUACAUGUUGGAGGCAGAGCCAUUACGGGUGGGGGGUGGGUUGGGGGUUAAGUCGUAAUGUUUUCAGGGUCAGGGUAGCACGUAAACUUUUAAGAAGGUGUGGCCAAAAAAAAAAAAAAAAAAAAACGUCCAGAAGAUGCGGAAUGUUGCGGGUCUCCUUUUUGCCUCUUUUUUGCAAGUACUUCUCAGGUGGAAACAAAACACUGCUAUGCAUUGGCUGUCUAUGUUCGUGUCUCAUACCAUGCUCGUCAUGUCGCCUCGCUAAUUAGCCGACAAAAAUACAAGGCUGGGCUCAUUGCGAAAGUCUGAUGUUGAUUUCAUAACUUGUUUGGAGGGAGACAUCUCAUGAGUUUCAGUUUUGAAGAGUAGCACCAGGUAGUGGAGCCCUGCGUCAUGCAGCAAACAUUCCAUAACUUCAUACUGUGAUUCCCCCUCUUUCAUAUUCCGCACACGUGACGACUUAGCUUUUUUUUUUUUCCACUUCCUCAAGCUUUUGCGAUUGUAAACAUUAGCACUUUGCGAUAAAAGGCCAUUGUGUGUUUCGAUGAUGUCCUUUUUUUUUUUGUGGCUUCGAUGAUGCUGUUUCACUUCCUGUUGUGAGAAUUACACUUGAAUUGUUCGGUGGAAGAUGGACGCCAUAUUGGAUGCCCUUUGCUUGCUUGCUUUUUUGUUUUUUAAGGAGAAACAUGAUUGGUUCUCAUUUCGGGAGACUCUUUUGAAAGCUGUGUUUAAUGUCAUGUGUAAUACGGGAGUGGGCCAGAGCAUUUGAUGCAAUCCUAAAAACAAACGCAACCUCAGUCUUUAGGAAAAGGUUCGCCACCCCCAAUGUACAGUACAAGGCUGGAUCAGGUAUCCAUCUUGAGCACUUAUUUUUUAUUUUUGCAAAUCAGCGCAAUGUAAUUGCAGUCCCGUGGGAAGAAAGGUAUUGAUCAGAACAUAACCUGGGAGAUUAAUAGAGAUAAUAGGCUAUUUAUUUUGAGCAUUGUUCGUGAGGUUUCUGAAGUGGCCUAUUAGCUGUCACAUUUCUUAACAUGGAGAUUUGAAAUUGUAAACGCAAGAGUCACAUCAGGCAACAAAAUAUAUGGCCAUGCAAUAUCGGAAUCAAAAUUGUAUGAUAAAGGGGAUAGAAAAAUUUGGGGGGGAAUAUUUCAAUUGAUUUCACGUGUAUUUUGUUUGCUAAGUGUGACUCUUGUUUCUUUAGUUCGCUCCACUUGUUUAUGAAGCUUCAAGCAGGUGAAUUGUUUUGGGGAGAAUUUGCACUUUCUGAUUAUGAGAAAAAAAAAUGUAUAUGAGACCACUACAUCCACACCAUCAAAAAUCAUGUAAUUCCAUGUUCUUUUUUUUGUUUUUUAAUAUAUCCUAAAAUGUCUGGCAUCUGGUUGUCUGGUUUAAAGAAUAUACAAAUCUUUCUAUUAAAAAGAAAAACAAUGGUUGCAAA